AGCGUCCGUUUUCCGGAAACAAUCAACGUUUAAUUCAAAACUCAGUUCACAAAAUCGAUAUGCAUCGUUUAAGUGCAUUAUUGUGCCCAUCCAGCACGAACAAGUAAAUUUCACGUUUUCGAAAACGUACCGACUAAGUUCCACUGAAAACAAUCGCCGAGAAUUAAACGUCCUUACUGUCGUGUAAUUUCAAAACGCUAAUUCAAUUAAUAUUAUUAUCAGGUUGGAAAAAUAAUCUAUUUCAAAACUUUGAUUCUUCAAUGCUAAUGACAGUGUAAUCAUAAUCGUUAAAUGCUAAUGCGGAGAACAAUGAAUGACGCGUUUGAGGUGUUUGUGAAGAAUAUUUAGAUAAGGUUUUGAUCAACUAGUAGAUUCAUACUAAAACAAUUAGAUUAUUCGCUCUCGAUUUCUAUGAGUUAUAGUUAAUCUCGAGCUCAUAAUCUAAUUGCUUAGUAGAUCAGUGGCGAGUAGUGUAGCAGUGUGCGCCCGUUAACAAACUGGGGACCGCUUGUGUGCGUUUUCGAAGUGUCUGUGUAGAGGAUCUAGAUGAGGGAUCCCAAGUGAUCGAUGGCAUCAUACGACUCCAGGUAUGAAAAAUACAUCGGCCCAAAAAUCAGCAAACUGACGAAAGAGACAACAGAAGAGGAAAUAAAGAAACUGUAUAAAGACUGGGCGACCGAAUAUGACAAGGAAGUCAAGGGAGCCGCCAAGAUAGCUUAUCACGAGCCGAUGGCCAAAGCUUUAGAUGCCGCUUUCAAACAGGUUUUUCAAGAUAAAACGCAAAGCCAGAUCAAAAUAAUUGAUGCAGGUGCCGGAACAGGACUUGCUGGUGUGGAACUUUUCGAACUCGGCUACACGAAUAUUGAUGCUCUUGAUAUUUCACAAGAAAUGUUGAACGAAGCAAAAAAGAAGGAUAUUUACAAGAAGCUUAUCUGCGCCCCACUCACUGAAAAGCGGAUUCCCGAAAUACAAACAGGAGAAUAUCAUGCCUUGAUCAGUACUGGUGCACUUGUUAUUGCGCAUGUUCAACCUGAGGCUCUCGGAGAGAUGACACGCAUGGUAAAGCCUGGAGGUCUUUUGUGUUUUACAAUGCGCGAUGUUGAUGUGGCGGAAUAUGAAGAAAAGAUGCUGGAGCUAGAGAAGGCAGGAAGAUGGCAAUCUUUUUCUAAGGAGGUGAUACCAUUUUCCGACAACGAAGAUCUACCUCAAGAGACUAACGGACUAAUUUUCAGAGUAUUGAAGAAUUAAAUUCUUUACAGAAUCAAGGUUAUUGUCAUUGUUGUAUGAGGAACUUCCCACUUGUUAGUAACCACACUAGGAUCUUCCGAAGUUGAAAAAUGAUCAGUCGAAGGAGAUGAAGAGGGAUAGUGGAGAUUUUGACGUAAAUACUGACGUUGUAAAACCCCAGGCAAAUUGGAUCCCAGGCUCCCUCGCCGUUGUCUCCCUCAACGACAAGGGAGGCAAAGGAGAGAUAGCGUGGGAUCGAGACUGGACGCCACGUUGAAUUUCAGUUUACAAGGGGAUCAGAAAAGAGCACAUGUGGAUAACAGUGGGUGCUUUACAUUAUGCCCGACCGACCGGUCAGAGACCAGUGGGUUACACGAGGGAAAAUGGAACGACAUUUUUCGAUCAAACCGGAUCAACUAAGAGGAAUGACCCUUGCCGUUUGUUAUUCCUUUCCGAAUUCCUUACAUAAGUGAAAUCUACGGAGGAAAAGUAGAGCAAUAUUAAUAAACCAGUUGUCAAAAUGGAACGAAAAAUGUCCGACCGGUCAAAGUGAACCACCUUUUCCUCUUUAGCAGCUUGCACCCCUUGUGUAGUUUUUUAAGAGUAGCUAAAACGUUGAGAGUGCGUUCAACCGAACGAAACAGGCGCGAGGUUAGCAGCUUCACUAAUUGCUGUAGACGAUAGCAGGGCAAGAAAGCUUAUUGAGUAAGUCGUGAAGCAUUGCAAUGUCCUAUUUUUCAUGCAAUCUUCGUUCAGCGCUUUUGCCCGCGUAUGAAGAAGGAAAUUACUACACUGAUAUAGGGUGACAGGUGCGUCUUACGAACAGUGAGAAAUCGAAGGCGCCAUUUCUCAAAGUCUCGCAGCACUUUGCAAGUAUUGUUCACAUAGUUCUUUCCCGUGGUGCAUUAAAGCCAUUGUGCACUUGGAAUAUUUACGACAAACAUAACAAAUGUGCAUUCGCUGAUAUAUGAUCAAAGGAAGCGUAAAAGAUAUAGUGACAUUGAUAAGCUGGUCUGGUCGUCGUAGUGUCAAAACUCAAGACUUAAACUUUCGAAUGCGGGUUUGGUCAAUUGGUGAGUAAUCGUCGAAGUUGUUUAUUUUGUUUGAGAAGCUGGAGCUCGCGGUACGAGAUCUACAAGUUCAUGAAAGAAACGAUAUUUUUAUUAUUCUUGGAUGUCUUCAUGGAAGGUUACGUUUUGUGAAUAAAUCACUGAAUUUGCUGAAUGUGAAAACAAUUGUGCUCACCGCAAGCUAUAUUUUAUUUAAUUUUUUUUUUCCUUACUGAUCAUACACGUUCAGCU